UACUACAUACUUAUGCACAACAUGGACAGAAAAGCAAGGCGCUACAAGGAUUCGGCAGAGUCUGCACAGAAUGAUGAGCUGCCACCAAUGGAGACUGUUUGUAAGCAACUGGAUGGCAACCUUGUUGCAAGUACGGUGCUUAAGGUCUACCUGCGCAUUCGACCUCAAGUAGGAGGCCGAACUUUCACAAACCCUGCAUUCCAUCCUUGCAACGAGAAAACUGUGGAGUCCACGACAGCCACGCUGGAACAUCAACAUCAAAGGCGAUUUAGCUUCACAAAGGUGUUCCCAGAGGGCAGCAGCCAGCAGCUGCUGUUUCAGGAGGCAGUGCAGGAACCCGUUGAUGCCUUCAUCAAUGGGGCCAAUGUGCUGCUCUUCACAUAUGGUCCAACCGCUGGAGGCAAGACGUACACCAUGCAGGGUCCUCCCGAAGACCCAGGAGUUGUGCCUCGCACACUUGACAGACUGUUCAAAGCCCUUGGGCCUCAGAUGGGCAAGGGGGCACCAGCGCGUCCAGAUUGUUUCAACGACGUUGCCCUACUCAGCGCAGAACAGGAGGCCUCUGUGCUGUUGCAGAAGAACAAAUUGCUGGGUGAGAAGGGAGCCCGUAGUGCUGCAGAUUUCAGCACCUUCAGUCUGCCAGCAAGUGACAGCGAUGGUUCGCUGUCCCUGUCAUGCAGCAGGAACUACAGCUGCGGUGACAGAGCACAGGUGUGGCUGUGGCUCUCAAUCUACGAAAUUUACAACGAGGGUAUAUACGACUUGCUCCUCCCGUCGCUUGAGACAGCCACAAAGAAGAAAGGCGGCCAGCGACGUACCAUUCUCAAACUGGGCGAAGACCGGGCUAAACGCGCAUUCGUGCGCGGGCUCGUUGAGGUGCCCGUGCACUCUGCUGACGAAGCGCAUCGUCUGCUCUGCCUUGCCCGCCACAACCAGAGCUUUGCCGAGACACAGCUGAACUGCCGCUCGAGCCGCAGCCACUGUGUCUUCACCGUGCGGCUCUUGAGUCCCACUGUGAGCAGCCGUGACGGCAGCAAAAGCUGGCACGUCAAUACGUUGAUGCUGUGCGACUUGGCGGGUUCGGAGAGACCAUCCAAAGCGGGAACAGAUGGGCCGCGGCUUCGCGAAGCUGGCCGCAUCAACACCUCUCUCAUGGUUCUCGGCCGCUGCCUGGAGGGCCUACGUAACAACCAGGACGCACCGAAGAAGGCUUGCGUGCCCUUCAGAGAAAGCAAGCUGACCAAGGUGAUGCAAGCCUACUUCACAACGGGUGGUCAAGUCUCUCUGAUAGUGAACAUCUGCCCAGCCAUGUCCAUGCUGGAGGAGUCGCUGAAUGCACUGAAGUUCGCGGCUGUUGCCAUUGAAGUUGUGCCACAGCAGCUGGAACUGCGGCACACUCGCUGCAAAGAGGCAGUCCGCCGGCUGACUGAGCGUUGGAAUCGUGCUAGCGGCAGGUUUCAUGCCACCCCGCUUUCACCAAUUCCAGGCAAGGACGUGGCAGCAGCUGGAGCCUUGAAUGCAGACGAGGCCGAGGAGCUCUUCGACAUCAUCGAGGCACAACGACGUGACCUGGAAGCCCUUGAAGAGGAGCUCAGCAACGUGCGGGGCCAACUUGCCUGGGCACAGAAGAUGGCUGCUGCACAUAAGGCUGAGGUCAAUGAUUACGAGGGCCUGGUGAAAGACUUGGAGCGGUCGCUUCGCUUGCAACGUGAACGCUCCGAUCGCGAGAUGGCCAUACGUGUCGAAAAUGCCUGCGAAAUCACACGACUCGAGAUGUACCGCAAGGCUGAGCGAGGCUCUAUUAUGGAACUUCUUGGACACCUUGACGAAGCGAAGCACCGGAUUGCUGAACUCGAGGAGGAGCUCGCUGAACGAACUGUUCAGGAUGACUCAAUGGCUGAAGAUUGCCGUGAGCAGCCGCAACAGUCUGCCAUGGCCCCUGUCGAAGCAAAGGAGGAAGAGCCGGGCCACCUGCAACAGGCUUCGAAGUCUGCCCUCGAAGAGCACAUCUUAGAAGAGACUGCCGAUGAAAACUGCCCGCGCCGCACAACGCGGAACACUCGGCGUACCAUUCGAGCCACCCGGUCAAAAGCAAAGUCUGUGGUACCAUGCGAGCUAUCGGACAGCGUUGGCCACUUCAGGACUCUGCGCCGCACUGCACUUUGCACAGAGAAGUCAGCUUCACCCCCAGAUGACGCACUGGAGGAGGAGGAACAGCAGCAUGAUCACCGUGCUGUCCUCGCUGAUGGCAAUGCCGAGUCAUCACCGCUUAAACGCCUUGCAACUUCAUAGCUGGCAUGCAGUCUAUGGGCACGAGU